AGUUAAAAUUUUCAACUUACACUUAUCCUUUGCUCCUCAGAUUGCCAACAAUGGCGGCUCUAGCUACCAUAAUACUGACCAACAACCCUCUUCGCCGGAUGACCCCAAUGCCCCGGGCCGCCCUCACUAACAACAACUACAAAAUGCGGGUCCCUUUCGAGCUGAAGCAGGGGCAGUCCCGCCAUUUCCACGAGCUCCCAUCUGGUUUGAACAUGGAGUUCAUCUUCCAAAAGGGCUGGGACCAGAAAGAUCAGAAACCUCAUAAUCCACCUUUAGUCUUUGUCCAUGGAAGUUUUCAUGCGGCUUGGUGCUGGGCUGAACACUGGCUGCCCUUCUUUUCUCGACAUGGUUUUGAUUGUUAUGCUCUCAGCUUACUUGGUCAGGGAGAAAGUGAUUCUACGGAUGGUGCAGUCGCAGGUUCGCUCCAGACACAUGCAGCUCAUGUGGCUGAUUUCAUCCAGAAGGAGAUUCAGUUACCCCCAGUGUUGCUGGGGCAUUCUUUUGGUGGGCUCAUUGUUCAGUAUUAUCUUGCAAAUGUGGGGAAUGGGAAAUUACAAGAGAAGGAACUCUCACACCCUUAUCUAGCAGGAGGAGUUCUUGUUUGCUCUGUACCUCCUUCAGGAAAUAGUGGCCUAGUUUGGCGGUAUCUGUUCUCCAAACCUAUUGCUGCAUUUAAGGUGACACGCAGUUUGGCAGCGAAAGCUUUUCAAACUUCUCUGCCUCUUUGUAGAGAAACCUUCUUCUCUGAAUCUAUGGAGGAUCGUCUUGUCCUUCGUUAUCAAAAGCUGAUGACAGAGAGUUCAAGAAUGCCACUGUUUGAUCUAAGGAAGCUCAGUGCAUCACUUCCUGUUCCUCCCAUGAAAGAUUCUUCUAUCAAAAUCCUUGUUGUGGGAGCAAAUGAUGAUUUCAUAGUGGACGCCAAGGGACUUAGUGAAACUGGCAGCUUUUAUGGUGUGUCACCUGUCUGUAUUGAAGGGGUUGCCCAUGACAUAAUGUUGGAUUGCUCUUGGGAAAAAGGUGCAGAAGUGAUCUUAUCAUGGCUUACUGGUUUGGAUAGAGAGAUGGCUAAAUAGCUCUAGAUUAAGAUAUCAGAAAAAAAAAAUUGUAACUUUUCUGAGCACUAUUGAUAUUGUUAGUUCAAGAUGGCUGCGCCUAUGAAAUAUGGUGAGCAUAGAACUUAAAUUCUGAGGAAUAGUAGCAUUUAAAUUUCAUUAGAGUGAAGGGAAAGGAAUUUUGUAAAAGCCUUAUCAAGUGUUAAUGUUCUUGUUGCUGGCAAAUUUCAUACUGCUAAGUAUAUGCUGGUAGGAUACAGUCUUUUUUCAUUUU